AACACGCAAGCCUCAUAAUGCCUUCGUUAGGAAUAUCGUGCGUGCGCUAUUUGGUGUUUUUCUUCAAUUUCCUGUUUGCGAUCACCGGACUGGUGGUGAUUGUAACAGGCGCGGUCAUACAGUCUUACUACUACCAUUACUCGAACUUUGUCGGGGAGAGCUUCUGGACUGCUCCGAUAGUGCUGAUCGUGAUUGGCUCCAUCAUCUUCGUGGUGGCAUGCUUCGGAUGUUGUGGCGCUGCCAAGGAGAGUCCUUGCAUGAUAAUAACGUUUUCGAUCUUCCUCGGGUUGGUGUUCUUGGCCGAAAUCGGUAUCGGCGUCGCUGGAUACUAUAAGCACGAGGAGCUGAGCGGCAUCCUUGAGAAGGGCUUCAACAAAACGCUCGACAGUUACGCCACCGAUAAGGGCGCCCAGGAAGCGUGGAAUCUGGUGCAGUCGGAGAUGCAGUGCUGCGGCAUCAAAGGCCCUGAAGAUUGGGAACCGAUCUAUAAGAACGACACCGUACCGCGAGCCUGCUGCCACCGGAUGCCGGUCGGGGUGAACAAGUGUACUAGAGAGCACGCCUCGACUGAGGGCUGCUUUUCGAAGCUCUCCAAUUUCCUCGGUUCCAAAUCGUUGAUUUUGGCCGGCAUCGGCAUUGGGCUUGCUAUCGUUCAGCUCAUCGCCGUCCUCUUGGCCUGUUGUCUGUAUGGUUCAUUCCGGCGCCAGUACGAAACCGUCUAAAUUGCCAACGGCAGCUUAUUUUGCAACACCACACCACUGUAAGAAGAAUGGAAACGUGCCGUGAAGGAAAUACGUAUAAACACAAACAUUCCUUGGGGCUAAGCGUACUGAAAAGGAUCACCUGCAAACAGAA